AUGUCGACACAACAGAAGAUGACUAUUGGUAAUUAUUUACUUCGACGAUUGAAAUCAUUGGGUAUUGACAUUAUCUUUGGAUUACCCGGUGACUACAAUUUGCCUUUUCUUGAUCAAGUCGAAGAUUUCGACGGUAUUGAAUGGGGUAAUAACUGCAAUGAAUUGAAUGCAUCUUACGCUGCUGAUGGAUACGCUCGUAUCCGUGGCAUUGCCGCUCUUGUCACAACUUUCGGUGUCGGUGAACUUUCAGCUAUCAAUGGUAUUGCUGGUUCAUAUGCUGAGAUGGUACCUGUCGUACAUAUUGUUGGAACACCUCCAACUGCGUCUCAAGCUAGUGGAGCUAUUCUUCAUCACACACUUGGCAAUGGUAAUUUUCGAGUGUUCGCAAACAUGUAUAAGGAAGUCACUAUUGCUCAAGCAAAUCUAACGAAACUCAAUGCAGUGGAAGAGAUCGAUCGUGUUCUCACUCAAUGUUUACUCAAAGGUCGACCAGUUUAUAUUGGUCUAGCUGUAGACCUUAGUGACUAUGAGAUCAAUAUUGAUCCAGCGAAUAUCAAACCACUCAAUCUCACAAUUCCACGAAAUCCGAAAGAUGAACAUCAAGCAGCUCUUGAGAAUAUUCUCGAAUUAGUGCAAAAAGCUAAAAAGCUUGUUAUCAUAGUCGAUGCUUGUGCUAUUCGUCAUGAAAUGAUGAAACAAGUCAUACGCUUCGUUGAACGUACUCAAUUACCUGUCUAUGUCACUCCUAUGGCCAAAGGUGGCAUCGAUGAAAAUCAUCCACAAUUUCGAGGUGUCUUCUCUGGAAACUGUUCAACUGAGCAAGUACAGAAGGAAGUCUACGAUGCAGAUUUAAUUCUUUCAAUUGGCUCAAUGAAUAGCGAUUUCAAUACUGGUGGUUUCACUUAUCGUCUAUCACAAAAGAAGACCAUUGAAUUUCACACGUAUCAUACAAAAGUUUUCUACGCCAUCUAUGACAAAGUUGAUAUGCGUCAAUUAUUACCUGAUCUAACAGAACAUUGGCCAGCAAAUCUCGCUCACCAACAUUUUGAUAAACCGUUCACUAUUGAUCCACCUGUUUUGAAUCCAAAGCAGCAAAACGAAAUCAUCCAUGAAUAUUUCUGGCAUAAAUUACCUGACUUUAUUCCAGAAAAUUCAAUUGUUGUCGCCGAAACUGGUACAUCUGAAUUCGGUAUUUUCAACAUGCGUGCUCCUAAAGGUGUCACAUUCUUGACACAAAUUUUAUGGGGUUCUAUCGGUUAUUCAGUUGGUGCUGCUCUAGGUGCAGCUCUCGCCGGCAAAAAAGAUAAUCGCCGUGUUUAUGUUUUAGUCGGAGAUGGUUCUUUUCAACUUGUUUGCCAAGAAAUUUCAUCGAUGUUACGAUUUAAAACAAACAUAGUUGUUAUCUUAUUGAAUAAUGAUGGUUAUACGAUUGAAAAGCUUAUUCAUGGACCUGAUCGUGCUUAUAAUAAUAUCCAAAUGUGGCGUUAUUACAAAAGUUUCGAAUAUUUUGGUGACGGUCUCAAACAAAAUCGUGAUCAGGCAACAACAGGUUUCGCCGGGCAAGUUAAAACUCGCGAAGAAUUUGAAAAAACUAUGGCUCAAGUUGCCAAAGAAACUGAUAAGACACAUUUUGUUGAAGUUAUUAUGCCACCUAUGGAUGCACCACAAAGUUUAGUCCUUACAAUCGAAGGUACAAGAGAGUACAAGAAACGCGAACGAGAAAUGCAAGAAUGA